UAUUCGCCCAAAGUUAGUCUACGCGGUAUGCGGAAAAAGAGGGACGUGUAUUGAUUCCGUACGCGAAUUUUUCCGAAUUGUGACCGAAUUUUAUCAGUUAGAAUGUGAAUUGCUAUCAGUGCGGACUGCAUGGUAUUUGAAAGGAUUUUAAUGAGAAUGGGCACCGACUGAAGGAGCAGCCCGCAACGAUGGCGAUCCUGAUUCACGACUACUACGAGCUAGAGGAGCGGGCGGGCAAGCACCUCCGAGCGUGGAAAGCAUGGCACAUAAUAAUCUACGCGCUAGCAGCCGUAUUCGGCAUCCUGAACUACGUGUUCCUCCACAAGACGAUGUCCGUCGUGGACGACCACUGCGUGCUGCGCGCGCCGCAGGUCGUGCUGACUCCUGUCCUCGUCUACCACCCACGCCCGGAGGCGGCGGCGGGUAAUGACACUGAAGUUACCCGACCUACUACCGUCCCUGUUACGACAGAUACGUCCAGAAGUAAUGGACGCACAGAAAUAGAGGAAGCUAUUGCAAAGAAUGCAUCCUUAGAAGAGCGGCUGGCUCUGGAUCUGAUGAAGACGUUCUUCGGUUCGCGGUCGGACUGCGAGUUCCCCGAGUACAUGCCGAUCGUCUCCACCGUGUUCGCGCUCGUGUGGACGACCCUGUUCGUCAUGUGUCCCGGUGGGGGCCACGCGCGCUUCGGGCUCACGCAGCCGUGGCGCAUCCUGGCCCCAGCGUUGGUGUUCACGCUGGUGCUGGUGGGGCUCACCGCCAGCAGCUUCACGCACACCAACCGCGGCUUGAGGGAGUUCUGCUCUGCGUUCUACAACUACACCAACGCUACCACUUGCUCAUCAGUGAACGUGUACAUGGAGCGGUCGUGGAAUGCGAGCUGGCAGUUCGGGGCGCGCGCGGAGGCCACGCGCGCCGCCAGCGCCGGCGUGUGGGUGAGCUGGGCGUGCGCCGCCACGCUGCUCGUCGUGCGCUGUCUCACGGCGCCCGACUUUCAGCUCAAGAAGACUGGGGUUUAUCUGACGAAAGACCCUGAGCAGAAAAUCACACCCCACUUGUUGAAAUCCCGACGGCGCGGAGGAAAGUCGCCGUCGCCCAGCAAGUCAGUCCGCUCCGAGCCCACAGCCACCACGGAACUGGUGACCAACCUGGAGCCGGACUCCGCCCCCACCUCGCGGCUCGGCACGCCCCUGCCGCCCGGCGAGAAGGACUCCAGCGUCUGACGUGGACUCCUCAUAUGGGAUAAUAGAAGCCACAGGCUACUAAGAUAGAAGUCACGCUACUAAGAAUAUACUAUAGAAGCAUUCAACCAUAAGGUUAAACUGCCAGUAAUCACCACUGAAAAGUGCAUCAGUUUGAUAUAAUAUAAUAGUGAUAGUGCUACUUAACACAUGACUGGACCGUGCCAACGUUCUUCCGCACGUGAGAGCGAGAAAGAAAUAUCUUAUUCUCCCUCUCAGGAGAGGCCCGGCCGUGUGUUAGCACUAUAGCGAAAUUAUUUGCAUAUUAAUAUGAUGAACAAGUACUUAAAAUGUUUAUACCUACUGGUAUAUUUAUCUACCGAAAGCUAUGUUAAUAGGUUUAUUAUUGUGUAGUUUUUGUUAACGAUUAUGACUGUACGAGUGUUUUGUAUUUAGAUUUAAGUUGAAAUAUAUAAAAAAAAAAACAUG